AUGAAGGUUCAGGCUCUGGCUUUUGCCCUCGCCUUCGGGGCGGGCGUUAUUGCCUCCGAUUCCAACGAGCUCGCCCACCAUUCCGUGACGGCUGAGCAGCUUUCCGCCAUGUCCGAGGCCGAGUCCACCUUCAUCUGCGCAGCGAAGGCGAAACUGGGCAUCUGUGGCCCCACGGGACCCUGCAAGCGUGACUUGGGGGAGACCCAGCAGCCCGCCCAGGGGCAAGCGGCCACCUGCUUCAUCUGCCAGAGCUUACACCCCGAACUCUUCUGCACGCCUGUGCCCAAGCCCCCCAGACGCGGAUGCCCGAACGGCGGCUUCGGUCCUACUUGCGACGGCAGGGGCGGUCCCGGGUGUCCCAGGGACAAGGGAGGGCCCAGAUGCGACAGGAAUCGGCCCCGACGAGGCUGCCCCAACGGCGGCUUCGGCCCCACCUGCGACGGCCUCGGAGGCCCUGGCUGCCCCGAGAACAAGGGGGGGCCCAACUGUGAGCGAAACCGGCCCCGACAAGGUUGCCCCAACGGCGGCUACGGCCCCACUUGUAGCGGCAGAGGCGGUCCCGGCUGCCCCCCCGGUCGCGGCGGGCCCCGCUGCAAGGACUUCGAGCCCGAGCUCGGCUGUCCCAACGGCGGCUUCGGCCCCACCUGCAGCGGCAGAGGCGGUCCCGGCUGCCCCCCCGGUCGCGGCGGGCCCCGCUGCAAGGACUUCCAGAACGAGCGAGGUUGCCCCAACGGCGGCUUCGGCCCCAGGUGCAGUGGCCGAGGCGGCCCCGGCUGCCCCCACGGUCGCGGCGGGCCCCGCUGCAAGGACUUCCAGAACGAGCGAGGUUGCCCCAACGGCGGCUUCGGCCCCAGGUGCAGUGGCCGAGGCGGCCCCGGCUGCCCCCACGGUCGCGGCGGACCCCGCUGCAAGGACUUCCAGAACGAGCGAGGUUGCCCCAACGGCGGCUUCGGCCCCAAGUGCAGUGGCCGAGGCGGCCCCGGCUGCCCCCACGGUCGCGGCGGGCCCCGCUGCAAGGACUUCCAGGACGGUGAUGGUGGUUGCCCUCCGGGUCGUGGCGGUCCCCACUGCGACGAGAACGAGGCCGGACAGGGCUGCCCCCCCGGCCGUGGCGGUCCCUACUGCGACGAGGACAAGCCCGGACCGGGUUGCCCCCGCGGCCGUUUCGGCCCCAAGUGCAAUGGCCCAGGUCGCCCCGGUUGCCCCAAGAAUCUUGGUGGCCCUCGCUGCGAGGACCACGUUCCCGGCCAAGGGCCUUAUGAAGGUUGA